UAAAAUAGAAGAUUACUGUAUAUAUAAAUUUAACUUUACAAACGUGCAUGUACACUGCUGCAUGAGGUGCGAAUCAGAGAUGCGCAGAAUAAACACAAAAAUUAGACUGAUAUGAUUUCCUGUUGAAUAAAUGAUAUAGACAUCGAAGUCUCAUAAUACGCAUGUGCAAAUUUACAUUAGGGAAAAGAUGCGUUGUAUAUAACCUAUAAGGUAGUAAUCUCUGAUUACUUGGUUACUAAUUGAUAAAAUAAGACAUGUAUUGUCAAUAUAAUAAUUGACGUUAGUAUCAAUUGUAAUAAUGGCCGUACCUCCUUCUUUUGGUCUGAGUGCUAUUGUUCAUUUAAAUGUUGGUGGAACAAGGUUUUCUACAUCAAAACAAACAUUGACAUGGGUCCCAGAUUCAUUUUUUACAGCUUUAUUAAGUAAUCGAAUUGCCAGUCAAAGAGAUGAAAUUGGUGCAUUAUUCAUAGAUAGAGAUCCAAAGUUGUUUUGUAUCAUAUUAAAUUAUUUACGGACAAAAGACAUUGAUUUAAAAAAUGUGGAUCUUCGUACAUUGAGACAUGAAGCUGAAUAUUAUGGUAUCACGCCAUUAGUUAAACGAUUAAUAUUGUGUGAAGAUUUAAGUCAGUCUUCUUGUGGAGAUGUAUUAUUUUAUGGUUAUUUACCACCCCCAAGUAUACCAUUACAUGAACCAUCUACAGUUCCAUCAAAUGUAGGAGAUGUCUCUGUUCAUGGCAGAGUUCCUGCUACUACUGCUACCACUACCACUGCUACUACUAGUAGUACUAAUUCUAGAGCAGAUAUACCAUCUACUUCUCAAAGUACAGCAUCUGGGAUUUCUAAUAACCAUAGUAACAAUGGACAACAAAACCAUAAAGGAGUGCUUGGCACACAUAUGAGGAAUUCUUCAUUGGAUUAUAGAAUUCAACAAAGAGGCUUACCACAUUCACGUACUUCAUCUUUAGAUUUAAGACAUGCUAGGAAUAAUUCAGCAGAUCUAAAUAAAUUAUAUAAAAAUGACAUAAGUUUAGUAUUUGGUCCCCAACAAGUAUCAUCAUGGGUUGAUCCAUUAAGAGUUCAAAUUAUAAAGGCACAUCACAAUUGGAUUGUGAUUGCUUAUGCGCAUUUCAUAACAUGCUACAGACUGAAAGACUCAUCUGGAUGGCAACAUGCAUUUACUAGUCCUCAUAUUGAAUCGGUGAUUGAAAGGGUGGCAAUUACUUCAAAAUUAAGUACCAGUGUAGAUGUUAAAAUGGUUGCGAUUUCUUAUGGAAAUCAAGUUAGAUUAUGGAGUGUUUCAGCAAAUGGUAUAAAAACUAAUAUUGGUACAUUUAAUUUAAAUGUUCGUGUGGAAUAUUUAUUUUUUAUUGGGAGUCAAUUGGUUGCUCUAUCUCCUACUGAUAAAAUUGGUGUUUGGCAUGCCAUGACACAUCACUGGCAAAUACAAGAUGUUGUACCUAUUUUAUCAUUUGACACGGCUGGUUCUUUUCUUUUACUAGGGUGCAAUAAUGGGUCCAUUUAUUACAUUGAUAUGGAAAAGUUUCCAUUAAGAAUGAAAGACAAUGAUUUGCUUGUAACAGAAUUAUAUCGUGAUCCGAAUUACGAUCCCAUUACAGCCAUAUCUGUGUAUUUAACACCAAAAACAUCGCAAGCUCUUUGUGGCAAUUGGAUCGAAAUUGCAUAUGGUACAAAAUCUGGCAGUGUAAGAGUUAUUGUUCAUCAUCCUGAGACUGUAGGGCAUGGUCCACAACUAUUCCAGACAUUUACAGUGCAUCAAAGUAGUGUAACAAAGGUAACAUUAUCAGAAAAAUAUUUGGUAUCAGUUUGUUCUGAAUAUAAUCAUGUUAGAAGUUGGGCAGUAAAAAGAUUUCGUGGAAUGAUAUCUACUCAACCAGGACCAACACCUGAAGCUAGUUUCAAAAUUGUAUCUCUAGAAGCAAUUGAACCUUGUAUCAGUUAUAAUGCUGGGAAUGAUUUUGGUCCAUUUGGAGAACAAGAUGAUGAACAAGUAUUUGUUCAGAAAGUUGUACCAGAGACUGAUCAAUUAUUUGUACGCUUAGCAUCAAAUGGCAAAAGAGUUUGUGUAAUUAAGUCAGUGGAUGGCAGUAUAAUCAGUUCAUUUUAUGUGCAUGAAUGUGAAGGAUCAAGUCGUAUGGGUUCACGACCUAGACGCUUUAUAUUUACCGGACAUUCUAAUGGUACUAUUCAAAUGUGGGAUCUUACCACUGCAUUGGAACCAUCUUUUUCUUCUACUAGAAAUAUUUCUGGUGGACCUACGCCAGAAGAACUUUGGAAGCUGUUAGAUCAGUGUGAUUUAAGUAAUAGUCAUUCCUCAACACCAUGCAUUAGUCCAUGCCCAUCGCUUAUAUCUACAGGUCCAAGUAUAAAGACAGGUAAUGUGCUAUUCCUCAAUCAGUCACAAAACACUGAAGCAACGCCUGGAUCUAGCCAAACCUGAAGUAUCAUUUAUUUAUUUAUUUAUUUAUUUACUUACCUAUUUAAUAAUUUAUUACGAAUUAUUAACAAAAAAAUCUGUAAUCUCAGUUCCUA